UAGCUGUAUUGUUAAUGUUUCCGACAGGACUAGAAUGCAGCACUCGGCACCGCAUUUAGUUUUGCAUAUGUUUGUUCUACUUUUGUCGGGGCGGAAAGCUGGAAAGUUCGGACAGUUUGUAUGCCGUCGUUCAACAAGAAUAUGCCUUCUGGGAAAACUGUAACAUAUGGUUCAGGCAGCUUCUGGAUGCAGUUUCUUAGGCAUCUGGUAGUACUUUUCUCUCUGUGUAGUUUAAUAUCUGGAUACUCUACAAGAGACAGAGUACAUGAAUUGAUGUCCAGAUAUCCUCUUAUUGAUGGUCAUAACGACCUAGCGCUCCAGCUGAGGAUACUUCACAACAAUCGGCUGAGCCAAAUUGACCUUCACAAUGUCAGCAAAGUGGCCACUGACAUCACACGUCUCAAAGCAGGCUAUGUUCAGGCACAGAUGUUUGCUGUCUAUGUGAUGUGUGGGGCCCAGGAUAAGGAUGCUGUGAGACUGACUCUGGAACAAAUAGAUGUGGUCAGACGCAUGUGCACUGAGUACCAGGAAUUUGAGCUAGUCACAUCUGCCCAGGAAUUGCAGAAUUCAGAGAUGAGGCAUAAGAUAGCCUGCCUAAUAAGUAUUGAGGGGGGUCACUCUAUUGACAGCAGCCUGCCAGCAUUGCGAAUGUUUUACCAGCUUGGGGUCCGCUCCAUGGCCCUAACACAUACCUGCAAUACACCCUGGGCUGAAUCAUCAUCAAAACUUUAUAAUGUCUAUCAAAGACAGAACAACAGCCUAACACACUUUGGAAAGGCUGUGGUGGAGGAGAUGAACAGACUGGGAAUGAUAGUUGACCUCUCCCACACGUCUUGGGACACAUCCCGGGCCGUGUUGAAACAUUCCAAGGCUCCUGUUAUUUUUAGCCAUUCAUCUUCCUACUCUAUCUGUAACCACAGCCGCAAUGUACCUGACUGGCUGCUGCAAGAGCUGAAACAGAACCGAGGAUUAAUCAUGGUGAAUCUCCACAGCAAAUUCAUUUCCUGCAGGGAUGAAGCCAAUGUCUCUCGUGUGGCCGACCAUUUUGAUCACAUUAAGAAGGUGAUUGGAGCUGAGUCUAUUGGAAUUGGAGGGGACUUUGAAGGUGCUGUGAGGUUUCCCAAAGGGUUAGAGGAUGUGUCCAAGUAUCCCACCCUAAUCCAGGAACUCCUACAGAGAAACUGGACUGAGAUUGAGUUGGCUGGUGUCCUACGAGGGAACUUCCUGCAAGUGCUCAAGGAAGUGGAGAGGGUCCGUGAACAGUUGAGUUUGGACCAGCCCAGUGAGGUCCAUAUCCCCCUAGAGGAGGUGCAGAACCCCUGCAGGCUGGUCCUUAGGCCUCCUGAUCCAAGAUUGCUGUCCUCGACGCAGAGUCCCUCCUCCGUAGCCCAACAUGGACCAGAAGUGCUAUGCUGGCCGACCGGGGCGACGCUGGUGCGUGAGGAAAACCAAACUGUGGAGGAUGCGAACUCCGGUAAUGAACACAACAUGCUAGGGAGAAAGAUGUGCUUGGAUAUCAGCUCCCCUAAAAGCAUGAUUUGUGAUAUUUUGGGGGGGGUCUCUAAACUAUCGACAGCUUGCUUUAUUGCCAUUAAUCUCUAAAUUUCUCUAUCAUCAUUUCUCUAUCAUCAUGCAGAGCAUCAGACUUCAUCCAGCCAGAGGAAACUAUCACCUGACCGCACACAGCGGGCCAGUUGCUCCGCAAUCUCCUGUCCCUGGUCCGCCCCACUCCCUCUCUAGUACGGGUAGUGUUGCUAGUACGACCGACGUGCUGUGAAUGUUUCUUGAUAGUUGGAUGAAUAUUACGCAUGAUCCAUGCACUACUGCAGCUGGGGGCUUUCUGCAGUGCCAUGUAACUUUCUAAAUUCUUCCCUCUCACGGAGAAAAGAAUGGUCAGGUCGCAAACACAGCUGCAG